AACACAGAUGGCCACACCUACAAACUCUCUCCCCCUCUUUCUUUAGUUUUCCGUUCAGCUUUGCUUUUUCUUAUUUUUUUGUCUCUCUUCCCCCUCUCCUCCUUCUUUUGGGGUCCCUUUCUCGCCCAUUCUCCGAACGCUUCGACCUCCCUUCCCAAGAUUUCUUCCUUUUCUUUUUCCUCCUUGCUGUGGUUAAAGAAAAAAGAAGAUGAUUUUGGUGAUGAAUUGUAGUCAGUGAAGGCUAGGCUUUAAAAGUCUAGUAAUUGGCUGCUGCCCUGCCUCCUCUCUUCUGCCAGUAAAUGGGCUGUUUUAGUUCCAAAGCACCAAGACAGUUCCCUGGACAUGAGGAUCCUGUUGCCCUUGCCUCUCAAACAGCUUUUAGUGUGAGUGAAGUUGAAGCGCUUUUUGAAUUAUACAAGAGCAUUAGCAGUUCUGUGGUUGACGAUGGGUUAAUAAGCAAGGAAGAGUUUCAGUUGGCCCUUUUCAAGAACAGAAAGAAAGAGAAUCUCUUUGCAGAUAGGAUUUUUGACAUGUUUGAUGUAAAGCACAAGGGAGUCAUUGAUUUCAGUGAUUUUGUUAGAUCACUCAAUGUCUUCCAUCCCAAUGCCUCACAAGAAGUCAAGAUAGAUUUCUCAUUCAAACUAUAUGAUCUUGAUAACACGGGAUUCAUUGAGCGCCAAGAGGUUAAGCAAAUGUUGAUUGCACUUCUCUGUGAAUCGGAAAUGAAGUUAGCUGAUGAGACGGUUGAGAUAAUUCUCGAUAAGACUUUCUUGGACGCUGAUGUAGACAAAGAUGGGAAGAUAGACAAGUCUGAGUGGGAAACAUUUGUCUGUAGAAAUCCAUCCUUGUUAAAGAUAAUGACCCUCCCCUACUUGAGGGAUAUCUCAACAACGUUCCCAAGUUUUGUUUUUAAUUCUGAGGUGGAUGAGAUUGCUUCAUAGAGGGAGAAGAGAAGUAGCAUAGGAUGUCACUGCAAUUAGAUUGAAACACAAGCGCUUGAUUUUUGAAAAAAAAGAGAAGUGUGUCUGUUUGAGUUGCAAUCUUUCCACAUUGACGAGUGAAAUUAGUUUUUGUGGUUCUCAUCUCAACUGCAAAGGCAUUAUUUCUCUAAUCCAUGCUGUAGCGAGUUAAAACUCUGCAGCAGUUAUUAGAGUUGCA